AUGCCCUCAACCGAUCCUAGUAGGAGGAACGACAACGAGAGUGCUUCCAAUAAUUGCAAUCAUGAGGAUUAUGCUGACAAUGAGACAACAUCGUUGACCGACCAGAGGCAACCCCCGAAAAAGCCACAAUGGUUUGGAUCGGCCGUCACAGAUGCCAAUCAGGGUGCCGCCGGAUUGCCACCGUAUCCCUUUCCUCCACCGUUGCAAAAUGCCAUGGCACAUCAUCUGGAAAAAGCCGCCACACGACGAGCCCAGGCACUCGAUGCUAUUACCACCGAUUCUACUAGCAGUAUGAUGUUGAUACAAGACUAUCUCCAGUCGCCGCUUUCGAAAGAAGGAUACUUUGGCUUUGAUACCCAGGAAUAUCCCCUCCGAGAAGCGUUUCAAACCGCCAUUGGGUUGUCACCCGAACUGGAGCUUACCAGUAUCCAUCGACAACCACCCGGAAAAUUACACUUGCUUCAAUAUUUGACACGACACUACGCACCCUUCCAAGAAGUCUACGAUGAAUUUGUACGACGGGUGUGCUGUCCCCACCUGGCUGCGCUGUACGAUCAAAACAAUACUACCAAUUUGGACGUGAUUUAUUAUCAAUGCUUUCCCUGUGUCCGCAUGAUCACACCGGGAGAAUUCAGCAUUGGACCUCAUGCCGAUAUCAGUUACGGGCAUCAUCCCAUGACGACCAAUUUCUAUGUGCUCUUGACCGAUUUAGUGGCAAAUGAAUCCUCGGCCGCACUCUUUUUGGAGAGUCAAAUGGGAGCACAGGAUUGGCAUCCCAUUGUGGGUCGCUAUGGAGAUAUGGUGAAACAUUUUGCCGGUGCCCUGUGUGCUCAUUGGACCACUGACAAUUGUACCGCCAACACACGGUCAGUGUCGUCGUGGGGUUGGUCGAGAUGGUGA